AUGUUCUUCAACAAAUCGACUUUCGCUCUCGCCUUCGUGGCCCUCGGUAGCAUCGUGUCUGCCCACCAGACCCCGGCCUGUGUCCUGUCCGUUAUCGGUAACACCAGCAACCCAGCCGAUCUGGCCACCAUUUGUGGUUCUGAUGCAAAGAAGACUGAGACUGCCAUCUCCAACACGUGCGGCAGCAGCGCCGACUCGUCCCUGAAGUUCUUCGCCAACGUCUGCUCUGGGGCCGGCCACCAAGUUGCUAUCCCCUCCACCACUGCUACCACUGCUACCAACACUACUUCCACUGGCUCUGGCUUCGCCACCGCCGUCUCAACUUCUGGCUCCAAGGCUACUGGCUCGAGCUCCGGUAAUGGCUCCGGUUCUGGCUCUAGCACUGGCUCUAGCACCAGUUCUGGAGCUUCUGGUAGCUCCUCGGCCUCUACUGCUCUCCACACUGGUGCCGCCAGGUCUGACCGCCAGCUGUCUGGAACCACCCUCCUCGGGGCUGCUGUGUUUGCCGGCGUUGCCGCGUGGCUUUGA